AGAACCCUGGGUUAGCUCUCUGUGUCUGUGCUAGGUUAACGCCAUGCCUGGGCAGUGCUUUUCCUGGCACCCCUGGGAACACCCAGCCACUCCCUUUGUCCUCACCUAUCUCAGCCAUUUAUAGCAGAGGGGAUGCUAGAAAUAGAGACUCCUACAGUAAGAGCCCGGGGAGGAAAGGAACCUUGGAGUCGAUUUGCAAAGGAGAUAUUUGCUGGCCGGCAGCAGGGAGCAGCAUGAAAAGCCCUGGGUGCACCUCCAGGCAUGUCAGAUGUCUCAUCAUUUUCAACCUUUGCCUGGGACUCCUCUUCCUGUCAGGGUUCUUCCAUACGAAGAUUAAAAACCAUCCAAUCUUGAAGAGCCAGAGGGAGCUGCUGAUCCCCAGCACGCCUUGUCGUGCCAGGACCAACGUCAUGUUCCUCAAGACCCACAAGACAGCCAGCAGCACCGUCCUGAACAUCAUGUUCAGGUUUGCAGAGAGGUACAACCUCACCAUCGCCCUCCCAGCUGACCAGCUCCUCCACCUGGGCUACCCAAGGACCUUCCUGGCUGACUUCGUGGAGGAAUUUCAAGCCAUAGGACAAAACUACAACAUCAUGUGCAACCACUUGAGGUUCAACCCCUCGGAGGUGCAAAAGGUGAUGGCAGCCAACACCUUCUACUUCUCCAUCCUCAGGAACCCCAUUCCUCUGCUGGAAUCCUCCUACGUCUACUACAAGGACAGCGUCCCUGCCUUCAGGUUCUCCAAGGAUGUGAAUGAGUACCUGGCCUCUCCCAGGAGGUAUUACCACCCAGCAGACCAGCACUACAACAUCUAUGCCAGGAACAUCAUGUGGUAUGACUUCGGCUACGACAACAACGCCGAGGACGACGAGAGGUACAUCCAGGGGGUCCUGGAGGAGAUUGAACAGAACUUCCACCUCAUCUUGAUAGCAGAGUACUUUGAUGAGUCCAUGGUGCUCCUGAAGCACGCUUUGUGCUGGGAGCUGGAUGAUGUGAUUUACUUCAAACUCAAUUCAAGGAGCCAGGACACCGUCCAGACCUUGACCCCAGAGAGCGAGGAGAGGAUAAAAAGCUGGUGCUCCCUGGACUGGAAGCUCUACCUGCACUUCAACCAGAGCUUCUGGAGGAGAAUUGAGGACACCAUAGGGCUGGAGGAGCUGGAGAAGGAGGUGAAUCACCUGCGGAGGAGGCAGAGGGGGCUCAUGCAGACCUGUCUCUCAGACCAGGGGGCCGUGGGGAGGGACCACAUCGAGAACAAAGGUCUCCUGCCUUUCCAGUCAGGGGCUGCCAAUAUCCUCGGUUACAACCUCAAACAGGACUUGGACAACAGGACCCUGAGAACCUGCCAGAAAAUGGUUAUGCCAGAGCUCCAGUACACGUCCUAUCUUUACACUGUCCAGCACCCACACAAGCAGAGGAAGCAGUUGGACUUGCCCUUGCUCUGGACCACUUUCCAGGAGAAAGUGCAGCUCCCGACUCCCAACUAGAGACACUCAGCAGCCCACGGUGAUUUCCCACCACUGUGCAUCACACCUGGCACCUGGCUGGCCCACAGGACCCUUGUGCAUGGGGGGGGGGGGGGUUGGUUGGGGCCACCAAGAGCUAAAGACCCUUGAGCUAAAGACCCUUGUGUUGGGGAGAUCCUGUGUGAUCCCUUCUCCCUGAUCCCAGGGGGGGACAGCCCACGGCUCCUCAGCACUGGGCAAGCUUUCCAGUUGGCUUAGAUGUUCCUGCCUCUUAAUCAUUAAUCACGGACUUAAUUGCUUUGUUUGCAUUUGACUAUAUUUA